AUGGAAGGGUAUAACCGCACCCUCACCACAAAAUUCUGCAAAACUUGGCAGAAGGAUGAGGUCUCAAUUGGAAGCAUUAGCUUUAAAGUAACUCCUCAACUAAUUGUGGAAGUAGCGGGAUUGCAAUGUGAAGGCUUAAGGGUUGUCAAGAAAAGUUCAAGGGACUAUGAAGAGUUUAUCAAAUCAAUCACAGAUUGGUGGGUUGGAAAGCAAUCCCAUCGUAAUUGGAAUGGACGGAGCAAUUUUAAAGACAGUUACCUUCAAUCUUCUGUUGGUUCUUUCAAUCUGCAGCGUUCUGUAUGCACAACCAGAAUUCAUCUGGACUGUGGCGCAGUAGGUGGAUAUAAUGAUGCACGUGGCAUUAGCUGGACCUCAGAUGAACAAUACAUUAAUUCAGGUGAAAAAAGAAGCAUUUUGACUGAUCAGUCAGAGGUGGACCAGCCAUUGAAACAUCUUCGCUGUUUUCCUCAAGGCAAGCGAAAUUGCUACAAUUUACCCGCUGUGCGGGGAAUAAAAUACUUAAUCCGCGCGUGUUUCUUAUAUGGUAACUAUGAUGGCCGUGAGUCACAACCACAAUUUGAAUUGCUGGUUGACGCCAAUUUUUGGGCCACUGUUGUAAUAAACAAUAGUAACAAGACCUUUUGCAACGGAAUAAACGCCAUGGCAAGAGGUCCCUCCAUUAAUGUGUGUCUUGCUUGCAGUACGGAUGAUGUUCCUUUCAUUUCAACCUUGGAAUUUCGCCUGCUCAUGCCAGCUAUGUAUGAGGUUGUAGGACAAUAUCUCUCUUUAAUCAGCACAGUACACAUGGAUUAUGGAAAAUUGUCAGAAUACCCUAUUAUAAGAUAUCCAGAUGAUGAAUUUGAUAGGCUAUGGGUCAAGGGAAAAAUAUAUGAUACGGAUUAUAGGAACACCACAAAUUCCAUUCCUUCAACAGAGGAGUUCCAAAUACCAUCAGCUGUGUUAGAAACUGCCUUGGUGAGCAGCAACAAGAGCGUGGGAAAUAUUAGAUGGAAUUGGAGUGUUCCAGAAAUUGGUGAAUACUAUUUUUUGAUGUGCUUUGCUGAAGUAGAAGAACUUGACGUUAAUGCAAUAAGGGAGUUCAAUAUAAGUAUCAAUGGAUAUUCAUACCAGUCUCCUGUUACAUUACAUAGCUACCUCGAUUCGAUUGUCGUCAAGUAUGGACCCAUCAACGCUGAUAGCUUGGAAAAUGUCCAAUUUUCUCUUGAUCCUACCAAUCGAUCGAGCGUGGGUGCAAUUAUUAAUGCUUUGGAUAUCUACCAAUAUAGGAGGCUACCCAACAAUGGAACUAAAAGUGAAGAUGUGAAUGCCAUUGCUGACAUUGUGAGGCACUUCAAUCUGGAGAAAGAGUGGAUGGGUGAUCCGUGUCUUCCACAGAAAUAUAGUUGGGAUUGGGUGGAUUGCAAUCAAGACUCCUCACCAAGGAUUAUUGCAGUGACACUACCCAACAGGCAUCUGAAUGGAACCAUACCUCCAAGCUUUUCCAAUCUCUCUGCUCUUGUUAAGUUGGACUUGGCAAGAAAUAAUUUGAGUGGUUCAAUACCAGAGGCUCUGGCUACUCUCUCCAAUCUUAAACAACUCAUUAAAACUGUCAAAAUGACCAAAAACUGUGUCCUUAUUCCUGAUUGCAGGGACUUGGCAAGAAAUAAUUUGAGUGGUUCAAUACCAGAGGCUCUGGCUACUCUCUCCAAUCUUAAACAACUGAAUUUGGCAGACAAUGACUUAAACGGAUCAGUGCCAAUUGGUCUGUCUGAACAAAAGCAACGUGGAAAACUCAUUCUGAGUGUUUAUGGCAAUGAAAAACUUUGCCAAGUAGGCAUUUGCAAGGAUGGCCGAAAAGGAAAGAGUAGCAAAACACUUGUUUGGUUAAUAGUGGCAGGAAUUGCAAUACUUAUAUCCUUUACUGCAAUAUUAAUCUUUAUAAAAAUUAAAUCAAGCAGAAAAUUUCGAAAAGGCAAGUCCGGACAAAAUGCAUGGAAAACUGAAACAGGACAUUUAAAUCUUGACAAUUUUGAUGGAUGUCGAUCAUUCAGUUUCAUAGAGGUAAGAGCUAUGACUAGCAACUUUCAGACGGAGAUUGGAAAAGGAGGAUAUGGAUCUGUUUAUCUUGGUUGUCUUCAAGACAAGGAUGUGGCCGUCAAAAUCUUGUCUGAUAAAUCACAUAAGGGUGCCAUACAGUUUUCCACAGAGGUAGAAAUCCUCUACAAAUUAAACCAUAAGAAUCUCAUAAAAUUUAUGGGUUACUGCGAAGAGGAACAAAAUUUGGUUCUUGUAUAUGAAUACAUGUCCAAUGGAGACCUGCGACAUUUUCUGGAUGGUCAAACUUCUUCAAGAAAUUAUCUGGGCUGGGAAAGAAGACUCAACAUUGCAUUAGAUGCUGCUCAAGGAUUGGAAUAUCUACAUGUAGGAUGCAAGCCAAGCAUUAUUCACAGAGAUGUAAAGAGCUCCAAUAUUUUGUUGAAUGACCAAAUGGAAGCAAAAAUAGCAGAUUUUGGGUUGUCAAGGAUGGGACCAUUGGAUGGAGCUACACACGUAUCCACCCUUGUAAAGGGUACCAUUGGAUAUCUAGAUCCAGAAUAUUAUUCUACAAAUCAAUUGACAGAAAAGAGUGAUGUUUAUAGCUUUGGAGUUGUUUUGAUGGAGAUUAUUAGUGGAAAACAUCCUCACUUUGUAGAUGAUUCAACAUCUAACAGUGAACACAUACAAAUCACUAAUUGGGUAAGGGCAUCCCUAUUAAACGAUGGCAUAGAGAACAUUGCAGAUCCUAAUUUACUUGAAAAUUAUGAUAAAGAUGCAAUGUUGAAAGUGGCAAAUUUGGCAAUGGUUUGUACUUCGCCUCAUUCUAAGAAUAGGCCUACAAUGAAUGAGGUGGUGUUAGAAUUAAAGGAAGCAAGUCAAUUCGAAACACAUGAAAUUGCAUCCUCACAUUCUCAUCCUUCUUUACAAACCUCUCAUAAUGUGGACUCAGAUGUGUCAUUAUAUUCAGUUGGUAGAUGAGAUAGAGGAAGAUGUUACAAAAUGGGCAGGGGAACACUCACAAGAAACCAAAAUAGCAGUAAUGAAAUCCUACCUCUAUUGUGGCUUAUUUCAUUUUAUUCACAUCAAUAGCCUAUAAUAACCUUUUGUAAAGAAAAUUAACAUUCAUAGCCUAUAUAUAUAGCUUGCCUUUUGAUAGAA